GCCUCUGCCUUUUCUCGCCUGGGCAGAAAGCGCUGGGCCAGGGAAUGGGAAACCAAUAAACGAAAAGAGAAGUGCCCACGAAAGGAGCGGGUGCGAGCAGGGACAGCCGAGGGGUCUGCACCGACACUUCACGAUUUUGCACAGUCUAUCCAGAAACGUAUUUAAGAGCUUGGGGCGGACUCUAUAGAAGAAGAAAAAGAAGAACAGGAAAGGGGGAGUCAGAGGGAGAGGCCAGUGACUGGAGAGAAAUCUGCAGGCCAACUCUUCAUCCUGGAGGCCUAGGAGAAAGCAGAGCCUUGGCUAAAGGGGCUUCUAAAUCACCAGGGACCAUUGCUCUUUGACUUUCUAGACCCAGAAAUGGGCUGGAACUAAGGAUGAAGCUGCCAGGGACUGGCCCUGCAAUAGGAAGUUACUCCGCAGAUGGAUUAAGCGGAUCGGUCUCAGGACAAUCCAGAAGGGAGGGCAAAUACCAGGAUCCCAGCAGACCCAGGCCUCUAGGGAGUGGGACUCUCAGAACCUCAGGCGGCAGAACUUGGCCUGAGACCCAACCGAGGAGUAAGGGCGUCCUGAAAACCAGGGUUGGAGACGUCCAACUGGAGUCAGGCUGAGUCAGACAGUUAGGAGACAAAGGGCUUCUCCUGCCUGGUGCGUGAGAGCGGACUCCAGCGAGCAAGCGAGCGAGUGCUGGUGAAGGCUGCGGAGUCUGAGCCAGCGGCCCCGGUAGAAGUGGGGCCAGGGCCGGCGUGCUGCGCCUCCUGCGCUCGCUCGGGAUCCGCAGAGCUGGCAGCGGGCGGCGCUCAGCCGCGUUAGCAGUCGCCUCUUCUUCCCAGCCGGGGAGAGCGAGCCUUGGUCUCCCGCAUCCUCUGCCGCCAGCGAACAGACACUCCGCAGUCUUUCUACCCAAUCCCCUCCCGGCUACCGAGGGUCCAGGAACCAGGUCCCCCGGCUUUCCUGUCAUCCGUUGGGUCCCACGGCAGUCCUGAAGUUGAGUUUGCGAGGCGACACGGCGGCGGCGGCCGCGCUGCUCCCGCUCCUCUGCCUCCCCAUGGAUAUGCACUGCAAAGCAGAUCCCUUCUCCGCGAUGCACCCAGGGCACGGGGGUGUGAACCAGCUCGGGGGGGUGUUUGUGAACGGCCGGCCCCUACCCGACGUGGUGAGGCAGCGCAUCGUGGAGCUGGCCCACCAGGGUGUGCGGCCUUGUGACAUCUCCCGGCAGCUGCGGGUCAGCCACGGCUGCGUCAGCAAAAUCCUGGGCAGGUACUACGAGACUGGCAGCAUCAAGCCUGGUGUGAUCGGUGGUUCCAAGCCCAAGGUGGCAACGCCCAAAGUGGUGGACAAGAUUGCUGAAUACAAGCGACAGAACCCGACUAUGUUCGCCUGGGAGAUCCGAGACCGGCUCCUGGCUGAGGGAAUCUGCGACAACGACACAGUGCCCAGCGUCUCUUCCAUCAACAGGAUCAUCCGGACCAAAGUUCAGCAGCCUUUCCACCCUACGCCGGAUGGGGCAGGGACAGGAGUGACCACCCCUGGCCAUACCAUUGUUCCCAGCACGGCCUCCCCUCCUGUUUCCAGCGCCUCCAAUGACCCAGUGGGAUCCUACUCCAUCAAUGGGAUCCUGGGGAUUCCUCGCUCCAAUGGUGAGAAGAGGAAACGUGAUGAAGUCGAGGUAUACACUGAUCCUGCCCACAUUAGAGGAGGUGGAGGUUUGCAUCUGGUCUGGACUUUAAGAGAUGUGUCUGAGGGCUCAGUCCCCAAUGGAGACUCCCAGAGCGGUGUGGACAGUUUGCGGAAGCACUUGCGAGCUGACACCUUCACCCAGCAGCAGCUGGAAGCUUUGGAUCGAGUCUUCGAGCGUCCUUCCUACCCUGACGUCUUCCAGGCAUCAGAGCACAUCAAAUCAGAACAGGGGAACGAGUACUCCCUCCCAGCCCUGACCCCUGGGCUUGAUGAAGUCAAGUCAAGUCUAUCUGCAUCCACCAACCCCGAGCUGGGCAGCAACGUGUCAGGCACACAGACAUACCCUGUGGUGACUGGUCGUGACAUGGCGAGCACCACUCUGCCUGGUUAUCCCCCUCACGUGCCCCCCACUGGCCAGGGAAGCUAUCCCACCUCCACCCUGGCAGGAAUGGUGCCUGGGAGCGAAUUCUCCGGCAACCCGUACAGCCACCCCCAAUACACCGCCUACAACGAGGCUUGGAGAUUCAGCAACCCUGCCUUACUAAUGCCGCCCCCCGGGGCUCCGCCCCUGCCGCUGCUGCCGCUGCCUAUGACCGCCACUAGUUACCGCGGGGACCACAUCAAGCUUCAGGCCGACAGCUUCGGCCUCCACAUCGUCCCGGUCUGACCACCCACCCUGGAGGGAGGGAGGACCGACACGACGCGAUGCCUCUCGGACACCAUUCCAGCCCCACCCCCAUCCCAAGAUCCCCGCAGCCCUUCACGUCACCCCGUCGAAGGCCGGACAGGACGAGUGGAGCCGCGGGCGGGACCCUCAGGCCCGGGUCCGCCGCCCCCAACCCCGCCCGCCUCCCCUCCCCGCCUGCCUGGACUGCGCGGCGCCUUGAGGAGGGCCGGGCCCAGCUUGCUUGGGCUUCGCCCUGCGGUCUCGGAGCAGGCCUGCCAUUCCGCUGGCUCCGGUCCGGCCCACCACCGCACGCGCCGGAUAAAUUUCUGUGACACACAAUCAGCGCGGACUGCAGCGCGGCCCAGCCCCGGAGCAGCCUGCCUCGGACGUUUGGUCGCCGGGAGGCUUGGCUGGAGGGGCUGGGCAAAGGAAAAAAUGAACAAAACGAUUUUCUGCAAAAGAAGGAAAAAACGGCCUACCGAACCCUGGGGGAAAAUUCCUUAUCCUCUGAGCCAGCUGGACUGCCCCCAGCCUUCUGGGUGUGCUUAGCCCUAGAAGGCGGAAAAGGGGGCGUGAGGGGGAUCAAGGGAUGGCGCUUGGGGGCGUCAAGUCUUCCCAAGGCUGGGACCCAAGGCAUGCAGCCCCAGCGGCCUGCACCAACCGAGCCCGACUCUUGGCUCUUCGCUUCCUCUACCUGGACUGCCUAGUUCCCCAGGGCCUAGGCGUCUCCGACUACGUGACUCAACUCGGCCCCGCCUUGCCCCUACCUCAGCGUCACUUCCAUCUGCUGGCCUCCCAUUUUCCCCUCCUGCGGGUCCUUUGCCCAUCCCUCAUUACCCUUCUGUCCCUGGUUCCUAACUUGCCGCCCCAUGGGACGCUCUCCUCGACCCGCCGCAGGACCGGUUUCCAUCGGGAGCGGGCACUGGCCUUCCCGAGCAGUUUCUUGGUGCCCCCGACACAGACUCCCAAUCUGCGGGCCGCAGGAGCCGGUUCUGAGCCGACGUCCGAGCUGCGGCGGAGGUGGAAGUGGGGGCUGCCUACUCCCCACCGCACCCCUAGUCUCCUUCCCCACAAGAACUGAACA